CUAUUGCUCUACUUUGGCAGAUUUCCUGUUUGCAUUCUCGUCAGAGAAGUAUUGCAAGCUGCCAUUGCGAGCUCCAGUUUUUUUUGGGCUAUAAUACGCCUUCAAGAUGUUUUGGCGUAUGACUGCUCUUUCUGCUUCUUCUCCUGUGGAAUCAGUUUUAGACAAGGAAAACUUCACUUUGGAAGAGCUACUUGAUGAGGAAGAAGUCAUCCAAGAAUGCAAAGCUCUAAACAGUCGUCUCAUAAACUUUCUGCGAGAUAGAGCUCAGGUGGAGCAGUUGCUGCACUAUAUUGUGGAAGAAGCUCCAGCGGAUGCUGAAAGCAAGCAUGCUUUUAAGUUUCCCUUCAUUGCCUGUGAGAUAUUUACUUGUGAAAUUGAUGUCAUCCUCAAGACUUUGGUAGAGGACGAGGAGCUAAUGAACUUACUUUUCUCCUUCUUGGAACCAAAUCGUCCUCAUAGCACCCUGCUGGCAGGGUAUUUCAGCAAGGUUGUUGUUUGCCUCAUGCUGCGGAAGACUCUCCCACUUAUGAAUUAUGUUCAAGUCCAUCAGGAUGUUUUCCAUCAGUUGGUUGAUUUGAUUGGGAUCACAUCCAUCAUGGAGGUUUUAGUUCGACUUGUUGGUGCUGAUGACCAUGUGUAUCCCAAUUUUAUGGAUGUGAUGCAGUGGUUGGCUGACAACAGUUUGCUAGAAAUGAUUGUGGAUAAACUAAGUCUAUCUAGUUCUCCUGAAGUUCAUGCUAAUGCAGCGGAAACACUUUGUGCUGUCACUCGAAAUGCUCCAUCAGCUCUGGCAACUAAACUCUCAAGCCCUAGUUUUGUCACAAGAAUAUUUGGUCAUGCACUGGAAAAACCACAGUCAAAAUCUUGCUUUGUUCAUUCACUGGCCGUGUGUAUCUCUCUUUUGGAUCCCAAAAGAUCACCUCCUUCUACUUUGAUUAGUUCUAUCAAAAGUCAACACUUAUAUGAACCUCCCGUCCCUGUUAGUCACGAGACAAUCGAUGCUAUGCUGCCAAAACUGGGGGACUUGCUUAUGAUUUUGGAUGUGUCCUCUGAUGAGAAAGCUUUGCACACUACGUAUGGGGAACUAAGGCCUCCUCUUGGGAAACAUCGUCUAAAGAUUGUGGAGUUCAUUGCAGUUUUAUCGAGGACAGGCAAUGAAGUUGCUGAGCAAGAGUUGGUUAACUCUGGUGCCAUCCAAAGAGUUUGCAAUCUAUUUUUUGAGUACCCAUUCAAUAACUCGUUGCAUCAUCAUGUUGAGAGUAUUAUAUUAUCUUGCUUGGAGGGCAAGAGUGUCACCAUGAUUGAUCAUCUCUUCAAAGAUUGUAAUUUGAUUGAAAAAUUUCUCCAGGCAGAUAGACUUCCUAUUCUUUCUGGUGAUUCAAAUAAGCCAACAUUACCUGCUGCUGGAAAACAUGCGCCUCGAGUAGGCAAUAUUGGGCAUCUUACACGUAUCUCUAAGAAGCUCAUUCAACUGGGACAUGUUAACUGUCAUAUUCAGGCAUAUCUGCAGGAGAAUAGUGAAUGGAUUGCAUGGCAAGGUACUGUUCUUCAGGAGCGUAUUAACAUGGAAAAUGUCUGCAGAUGGGCUUGUGGCCGUCCAACUGCAUUGCAUGACAGGACACGGGAUAGUGAUGAAGAAGAGCUCAAUGACACAGAUUAUGAUGUCACAACACUGGCAAAUAAUCUAAGUCAGGCAUUUAGGUACAACAUGUUUGAACAUGAGGACACUGAGGAGGUCAAUGGAUCCCUUGAGCGAGCUGAGGAUAUUUACUUUGAUGAUGAUUGUGCUGAAGUUGUGAUAUCGUCACUGAGGCUCAGUGAUGAUCAAGAGAGCAUGUUCACAAAUUCCAAUUGGUUUGCUUUCCGAGGAGACAGAAUUGGUAAUGAGCCUCUGAGCACCUCACUCUCUGAGAAGAUGGAUGAGAUCAAUUUGAAUGGAACAGCAAAUGGUGGGAGCAGUAGCAGUGAUGAUGAGGUGUUUGUUGGAGAGGAUGAGGAGUUGGUUGACACCACGGCUUCAGGCAAUGGGGCAUCCAGUUCUAGCUCAAAUUUCCUGAAUGGAUGUAGUGGUCGUGUUCCAGCAGAUCAGGGAGAUUUGAACCCACGGGAUGAAAAAGCUAGUGCUUCCAGUGAUUUGGAUUUCUUCCAGUAUGCUACUGCAGAUAAUGAUCCAUUUGGUGAUAAGCCAUUGCAUGAUUGGGUUGGAUGGCAAGAGUCUGCCGAUUUGCAGAUUGAUGGAUCCAGUAGAAAUCCUUUUAAUGACUGUAAUGAUCAAGAUGUUGAUCUUUGUAGCCCCACUGGGCAUGUAGACAACUCUCUGUCGAAUGGUGAAGUCAAAGUACGGAAUGGUACAAGCACCAUGGAUUCCAGUGAUAAGCAAAUUGGAAAUGAUGCCAGUCAAAGAUCAACUGUGCCUUCGUUGUUUGAGGAGGAUGUGGAAUUUGUUGGUCUGGAGUUAGAGGGCACGGAGACGGCAAUGGAACAGGCAUUGAAAGAGGGGAUAGUCGGGGAAGCUGGGCCUUUGAAGAAGAAUCUUUCCUCAAAGAUGCCAAAAAAGGAGCACUCCAAUGAGAAUGGGUCAGGGAUUUUUGAGUUCAAUGAUGCGAACUACUGGAGGGUUGACCAAGAGAUUGCCGUUGUUCAGGAGUGAAAAGAGUUAGCCCUAUUGGAGUUAGUUAGCUAAUGACCUCUUUGGUCAUGAACGGUCAAUGGAAUGUCUAGCAUUUGUAUGUACAGUAAUUUUCCCCCAUGGGUAAUUGGAUAUAGUUUUGAUAUGGUCUUGUUGCUCUCUUGUUAUUCAAGUUUUUUCUUUCCAUUCAUUAUUCUUUUGGUUGUUGGUUCCAUUUGGAGUUUUGUACAAAUAGCCCUGUUUUGGCAUGUUAUGGUCCUCGUUUUAAUACUCUCAUAUGUUGCAAGUUGUCACAG